UGGACUUCCUUUUGACUGGCCGUUCAGUUGCUAGCUGUUUUAGAAUUGAGGGGAAAAACGCAAAGUAGGCUCAUUUUCACCUUGAGCUUUCAAUGAUGGAAGUGCCAGAUGCAUAAAGAAGACAGGAUGAUUAAACCCAGCAGGAAAAGCCGAAGCCUUCAUACUUUCACUGUCAUCGAUCAAGCAAAUCCUGUUAGGAGGAAAUCAGCAGCCUGGUUUCCUUCACACGUAAUGUGGGAAGCUUGACUAUCAGGUCUUUGUCUCGUCAAAUCCCAGAUUUCCGUUAAAAGAAAAAGAAGAAAAAGGCUGCCGGGAAGUAGACUGUUAUUCUGAACUUGCAGCUUCAGAAAAUUAUUUCUCAAAGGGCCGUUUGGGAGGCUAUUUUCUAUGCAAGGCGAGUUCUGAAGGCCUGAAGCAUUAUUUUGGAGAACUUAUUGGAGAUGAUUGAGUGGAUUCUAUAAAAGGGGCGGAAGUUCUUGACUAUCUGCUUCCGGCAGCUGCUAUAGGAGCGUGACGUCUUUCAGGCUGUGCAUGUGUUCUAGAAGGUCAUUCUGGAGAGAUUCUCUGGAUCCGCUUUGUAUCUGUUUCUCCAUCUAUGUGUAGUAGUUUGUUUCUUGAUUCUAAAGGUAGUGCUUACGUGAGAUUAGUAUGAGCUGCCGGUGUACCAAAAAGCUUGACCACGGGAUAUGAAAAAAAAAAUGCAUGCAGGAUUGUCUCUCUGCCACACCUGGAACAAUAGCCAUGUCCUAGUCCUCUCGUAGCAAGAACAUUAGAAUAAGGAAGAAGGCAGUUCCAACUCAACUCAAUUCAAGCAAUACAUAUAUGAAUCCUUUUCCUCCAUAAGGAGGUGCCAAACCCAACUUCCAUAAGAUAAUGCUCAUUAUAAUCUCAUGAUGUUAAAAGUAUGGUGAUCAUAUGUUCAUUUUCUAAACUACGAUAGCUGGACGGCAGCAACAAUGCUGUCAAUGAAAGGUUCCGAAUCAAUGAUCUGGGUUCCGGGUUGCCAUCACCUUCAUCCUGAUUUCAGCAACGCUUCCUCCUUUCCUAAAAUAUAUAUUUUUUUUCUGAAAAAUGGUUAAGAAAGAAAAGAAGUGAAUGAGAUUAAUCAGAAAUUAAAUGUCUUCAUCAAAUCACCUUGGUCACUAAGAUCAUGACGGUCCAGGGUCCACGAGAAAACGAGAGAAGUCUGGAGAGCGGAUAUACAUCAAUAUUUGUAAGGCAUCCAUCCGGUUAUCAUGGAUUUUAUUUAUGGACCAUCUUGGUGACCUCCCAUGGCAUGCGGGGGUUUCCAAAAAGUUGGACCCGACCCAACGCCCGCUUAAGAGACUCAACCCAGAGUGCUGCAUGCGCUCAUCUCCGAGUCUCCAAACUCUCGCCCUACGCUCCUCCGCGGCGAAAACCCACGCCCGCUUGAUAAAAUCCGGAGCCGCCUCCGACACGUACGCCUGGAACAACGUGCUCGCUGCCUACUCCCGACGCAGCAGCCUCGCAGAUGCCCGCAAGCUGUUCGACGAAAUUCCGAAGCGAGACGCCGUCUCCUGGAACGCCCUGAUCGCCGCCCACGUCUCAUCCGGCGCGUACCAACAGUCAUGGGAUCUACUCGGAAGUAUGAUGGCGAAGGGCCUCUCCUUCGACCAGUACACCCUCGGGAGCAUCCUCAAGUCGGUUGCCUCCGCGGGCCAACUCGAAUUUGGCCGCCAAUUGCAUUCCCUCGUCGUGAAGUCAGGCCUCGAUAGCAAUGUGUUCUCGGGGAGCGCGCUCGUCGACGUGUACGCGAAAUGUGGAAGGAUGGGCGAAGCAUAUUCGGUUUUCCAGCUUAUGCCGGAGCCGAACACGGUGUCAUGGAAUGCCUUGAUUGCGGGGCAUGCCAGAGCAGGCGAGGCGGACUGUGCCUUCCAGAUGUUCAACUGGAUGGAGAGAGAGGGUCCGAUGCCCGACGAGGCCACAUUCGCCAUCCUGCUAACCUUUCUCGACCGAGCUCCUUUUUAUCAACUGAUGCUUCAAUUGCAUGCUAAGAUCGUAAAGUAUGGUCGAGCAAUAGAUGCAGUCGUCUGCAAUGCAGCGGUUACAGCAUACUCGCAAUGCGGGUCGAUAGCAGAUUCAAGAAAGCUUUUUGACAGCAUCGAUGAUAAUAAAGAUUUGGUGACAUGGAAUUCUAUGCUGGCAGCCUACGCCCGCUAUGGCUUCACAGAGCAUGCGGUCGAGAUCUUUGUUAGGAUGCAGGAGGCUGGAGUUGCUCAAGAUAUGUACACUUUCACUAGUGUGAUCAGUGCUUGUUUCGAGCAUGGCCUACGAGGGAGGGCAUUCCAUGGCUUGGUGAUCAAGAGGGGGCUGGAAAGUACAACCCCAGUUUCUAAUGCAUUGCUUGCAAUGUACAUCAGAUCUUGCAAGGAUGGUUUGAUGGAGGAUGCCAUGAAAUGCUUCGGUUUGAUGGAGUUUAGAGAUAGUGUCUCAUGGAAUUCGAUUCUUACCGGUUUUUCUCAGAGUGUUUUAAGCGAGGAAGCAUUGAAGUUCUUUGGUCAUAUGCGAUCAGCAAGUCUCAAGAUCGAUCACUAUGCAUUCUCUGCUGCACUACGAUCGUGCUCGGACUUGGCGGUCCUUCAACUGGGUCAGCAAAUCCAUGGCCUAGUUUUCAAGUCUGGUUUUGGAUCAAAUGAUUUCGUGGCUAGCUCAUUGAUUUACAUGUAUUCCAAGUGCGGGGUCAUCGAUGAUGCGAGAAAGUCCUUUGAUGAGUCAUGCAAAGAUAACUCAGUGACAUGGAACUCGAUCAUUUUUGGGUAUUCUCAGCAUGGACAAGGGCGCAUGGCACUCGAUCUCUUCUCUGAGAUGCAAGAAUUAGAGGUGGCACCGGAUCACAUUACUUUUGUGGGUAUAAUUUCAGCAUGCAGUCACGUUGGGUUAGUAGAAACAGGAUCCAUUUUUCUAAAAUCAAUGGAACCAAUCUAUGGAAUUCCAUUGCGGAUGGAGCAUUAUGCAUGUGGUGUCGAUCUUUUUGGUAGAGCUGGGCAGCUUGAUGCAGCUAAGAAGCUAAUCGAAUCAAUGCCCUUUGAACCAGAUGCCAUGGUGUGGAUGACUUUAUUGGGUGCUUGUAGAAUUCAUGGGGAUAUGGAACUGGCAAGCUAUGCAGCUCAGUGUUUGAUUGCAUUGGAUCCUAGAGAGCAUUCAACUUAUGUCCUCCUUUCAAACAUGUUUUCUGGUUUUGGGAUGUGGGAUGACAGAGCGACCAUUCAGAGGGUGAUGAGGACCAGAGGGUUGACUAAGGUACCUGGUUGGAGUUGGAUCGAGGUCAAGAACCGAGCGCACUCAUUCAAUGCUGAAGAUAGGUCCCACCCUCAAGCUGAAGAGAUAUAUGAGAGGUUAAGAGAUUUGAUGGAGCAGAUAGAGAUGGCUUCCUCCACUGGAUCUGAUAUACAUCAUAUUGAAUGCGGUUAAUGGAGAAUCCAUUCAUAUUCAGCAUGUUUGCUCGACGAUUUUGGUUAUACCAAUGACAUUCUAUUUCUUGAAUACUAUCUUACAUCCAACCACCUGUCUCUCAAUGGCGUAUCAAUUUAUAUUCAUCUCCAUGUGCAUCGGAAUUCUGAGUUGGAGAAUUACAAUGAUUUUUUCAGUAGAAGACCUGAGUUAAGUCUUAUAUUGAGAGGUCCGUUUGUAACUUGAAGUCAUGAGAAUUUAUGAAAAAUAUAACUAUUGAGAUGAGAGAACAAGAACGAGACAAGAUAUAUUAUGGCCUAUGGAUGAGAAUUUUAUGUAACAUUUUGUUUUAUAACUUGGAGAAAAUCAAAGAGUCUAUCUUUAGUUUGAAGUU